UCCUCAUCGCCAUGUUGAUCAGCGUGAUCUGCAAGUCACGUGACCUCGACGAGGAGGAUUCCGAGGAGGACGAAGAAGACCCGGAGAUUUGCUCGGAUGAGGAGUGGCUGCACAGAGCUCCAACUCGCAACAAGAAACUGAAACAAAAGAAGAUCGAUCGCGAGACGCUGGACCAGCUGAAAAAAGCGCGGGAAAAGGAGAUCGAGAUGUGGGAUAUCAUCAAAGAAAUCUUUUCCUACUCUAUCUUCCUGUGGAUCUUCCUCACCCUAUCCUACGGCAACAGAGAUCCGAACGCGUUCUACAUGCAGAAGACCCUGAGAGAAGCGUUCAUUCACGAGGGCGCUGUGGACGGCACAGACUUCUCAAAGGUCUCCAACACCAACAUGUUCUGGUACUACCUGAACAACGGGCUUAUGACAGACCUCCGAGCCGACACUCUCUACAACGGCAAACCUCCGUACAGUCUGCGAGGUUUCCUGAAUGACUGGUGCAACAGGAUCAUGGGCUACGCUAUUAUCAGGCAGAUCCGGGCGAGGAAGAAUAGCUGCAGAGUACCGUCGGCCAUGAAGAGUCUCACCACCAACUGCAGCGGCUUCGGGGGUCUCGUGAAUGAGGACAACGAGCACUACUGCGCGGGCUGGGAGCUGCCGACGGAGAGGACCAAGAACUCCAAGGCAUGUCGCAAGGGGGAGUUCAGGUACAGCUCGGCGUGGGACCUGCAGAGCCUCCCAGUGUGGGGCAACCGGGACUGGUACAGCGGCGGGGGUUACGUCAUACACCUGAGAGGACCCACCGACGAGGUCCUACAGAAUUUUAAGUUCCUCGAAUCCAACAAAUGGAUCGACGCGAGCACGAGGGCGGUUCUCAUUGAGUUCUCGUCGUAUAAUUCUCAGGUGAACCUCUUUGGGACCUCGAUCAUCAUGGCGGAAUUCACACCUGGAGGAGGGAUCUCGCCGCAUUUCAGAUUCGAAGGCAUCCGCUUACUCCAGCACCACGACAACUUCGGCUUCUUCAUCUACGCCUGCGAGGCCGCCUUCGUGCUCUUCGUCCUGUACUUCACGGGGAGGGAGGCGCGUCUGAUGUACCGCAUGAGGAUGGAAUACUUCAAGAACUACUGGUCGUAUGCCGAGAUCGCCAUCAUCUUCGCUUGCUAUUCGGCCAUGGCGGUGUAUGGGCUGAGUUCAUUCAAAGCUGUGAGGAUACUCAAGCGGAUAGAGGAUCAAGUUCGAUUGGAUAAUUUAGAGUAG